AUGGAAGACAUUUUUACCAGUAACAUACAGAUCUAUUCAAGAAACACUGACACCAAUAAUAAGCGGUACCUGUAUCAAAAAGGAUUUAAAAGAUUCUGGAGCUUACCAAUACCACCACCGGCUAGAAAUUUGUGGUAUAGAAUACUAUCAAGGAAAUCACCAACAUCAAAAUACCUAAAUCAGAUUGGAACAAUUGACAGUCCAAGAUGUCACCUAUGUCACAACUAUGUCGACAAUCUAGAACACUUCAUAGUUCAAUGUACAAUCAAAUCAACAGUAUGGAACAGAGUACUUACCAGUCACUAUCCUACAUACAAUGUAACCAACAGUAAUAUAUUGAAAGCACUAUAUAAUAUGGAAACUCCAUUCGGUACACAAUCUAGUCGAAACAUCCCUUUCCUGGUGAUUAUUUCCACAACAAAUUAUUAUAUAUGGUACUUUUACUGGCAAUUCAUCAUCCAUAACAUACCAUUUGUAGCUGAAGCUAUCAUCAACAGAAGCAACAGACAAAUAUCCAUCAUACUGAAUUGA